AUGGCAGGAGCGCGCCAGGUGGUCUUCCGCAUCUUCUACAGCACCUCAUUCACCGUCGUCUUCUUAAUCCUCGUCAGUUUCAUCUGUGUCACGCCCGCCGAUGCCCUCUACGAAUCCUACAAGCGGAACCGACUGCUUGACAUCUUCCUCGUCACCGGCGCCUAUGUCAUCACCGCCCUGAUCGCGGCAUUGAUGUAUGCCUCGCGGCUCUACACGAACCGUUCGGUGCUCAAGGACAUCCCAAAGACAUUCAUGCCCAUUGAAAAGGAGGAUUUACCGGGAAGAAGAAUCUACCGACUAAUCCAGGAAUGUCUGGAGCGAAGUGCUGUGAUAGCAUACCAGGCGAGGCCGCGGAGCCGGAGGAUCGAACACGAAACCAUCGCCGCAGGUGCCAGGAUGCUUGCACUGACACAGUCGCAGUCAUGCACCGAUCAGAACAUGGAGCCGCCAUGGGGCAAGAUAGCACACCCGGGCUGGUCGUCGCCGGCGUCCAAGGAGAUGCCGAACCUGGAGUAUGCUACCGUCGUGCACGAAUUGACGGACCUGAUCGAAGCCAAAGCCGUCAGUCUUGCGCCGAUCGACCCAAUGGUCGAACCAGGGCCGGACGGAAUCCCGAUGCCCGAUCCUCGCGUUAUCGAUGAGCUCGCUCGGCCUCCCGCCAUGGGGAUGCGCCAAUACCUGCGCCAUCUCAUCGAGCUCGGCGUCGUCCCGGAUACACCGCUGACCGCGGAGUUUCUGGCCGCGUACGAACGCGCACGUUUCGCCCCGCAACCACUCACGGAAGAGGACUUUCAAGCGCUGAUGCGCAUGUUCGCCGAGCUACUGCGCAAUAUGAGUCCCGUGGACGUCGAAUUGCUUGAUCUGGCUGAUGAUUCUUCCUACGAGCCGACCCUGUCGGAUAUGUCGAACGUCAGCCCUCAUCGUCGGUACGCCGACCCCGAAGCGUCGUCUGCUGCAUCGACAUUCUCAAACUCGGGUUCGGUCCGACACCAUCGCCCUCCUCCGCGUCGCGUCUCAGAGGACUCGGCAGCCCCCUCUCUGUCGUCCGCCGAACAUCACCACAGCCAUGACGAAACCGUGGAUGAUGAUGAUCUGGACACACGCUCCCUCCAUACCGCGCCGACAUUGGCUCCUCGCUCCGCCUCCAGACUGACGCUGGGCUCAAACUCACGACUCGUUGCACUCCGGAACUUCGUCUCGGUCGAGGAGGUCACGGCGGAGCAGGCGCUCGAGCAAGAGCAUUUUCCGUCUGACCAGGGACGGUGA